AGAAUUCAUUGUUUGGUGUAUCAAGAUGGCGUCAUACGCGGAUGAAAUGAAAAAGUUCUUCGAAGCUAACAGCAGAACACGCGAUGUGCAAGCGCAUACAGCGAAAGUUCAUUCAGUAGCAUGGAGUUGUGAUGGACGUCGCCUUGCAUCUGGUUCCUUUGACAAAACAGUAUGCAUUUACAUGUUGGAUAAAGAUCGAUUGACUAAAGAUUACACUGUGUUUCGAGGCCAUGGUGCAAGUGUAGAUCAGCUUUGCUGGAACCCGAGAAAUCCUGAUCAGCUCGCUACAGCCAGUGGAGAUAAAACAGUCAGAAUAUGGGAUGCAAGAACUAACAAAGCAGCAGCAACAGUCAACACUAAAGGUGAAAAUAUCAACAUCUGUUGGUCCCCAGAUGGCAGCACAAUAGCAGUUGGAAACAAAGAUGAUCUAGUUACAUUUAUUGAUGUCAAAACUCAUCGGUCAAAAGCAGAGGAACAGUUUAAAUUUGAAGUCAAUGAAAUCUCAUGGGACAACGAAGGGGAUCUAUUUUUCUUAACCAGUGGCCAUGGAAGCAUACAUAUAUUCAGUUACCCAGAGCUAAAGACUCUUCAUGUUCUAAAUGCCCAUCCUGCUAAUUGUAUAUGUAUUGAGUUUGACCCAACCGGGCACUAUUUUGCCAUCGGCAGUGCAGAUGCUCUUGUGAGCUUGUGGAGUCUUCCUGAAUUGGUUUGCAUGAGGGCUUUCUCAAGACUUGAGUGGCCAGUUAGGACGUUGAGUUUCAGUAAUGAUGGGAAGAUGCUAGCUUCUGCCUCAGAGGAUCUAGUCAUAGACAUUGCUGAAGUAGAAACUGGUGAAAAACUUCAUCAAAUCACCUGCGACUCACCAACUUUCACUGUGGCCUGGCAUCCAAAAAGGCAUCUUUUAGCCUAUGCUUGUGACGACAGGCGAGACAGGGAUGCAGGGAUUGUCCGUGUAUUUGGUUUCCCAUCAGACACGUGACCUGGUUGUGGCACACCCACAAUGUACAUAAAUGUAUAACUGCAGCUGUAUGUGACUUUGCUUGAGAGAUUCUUGUAGAUGGAAAUAAGGACUCAAUUGAAAUGCGUCAUUUUAAUGACCUGAGAUGCUCUAAGCUCAAGUCAUACCAAAUGAGGCUUGUAAAUGGAUGUAAAAUCAAGAGACAGUGUCAGAAGGUGUAACUGGAUAACUUGUUGGCAAUGUUCUUGUGCUAAAUCCAAAAAUCUUUGAUCUUGUGUAUGCAGUAAGAAUUGAUCAGAGUUAUCAAUAUCAU